CUAUUCUAUCAAGAAUCUGUGAAUUGUAGGGUUAAUUUGCCACGAGUCGGCUCCAAGAUGCAGAUUUUUGUGAAAACUUUAACUGGGAAGACCAUCACGCUUGAAGUCGAAGCGUCGGAUACAAUUGAAAAUGUGAAAGCUAAAAUUCAAGAUAAGGAAGGUAUUCCUCCUGAUCAGCAGCGACUUAUUUUUGCUGGAAAGCAGUUGGAAGAUGGUCGUACAUUAUCAGAUUACAAUAUUCAGAAGGAAUCUACACUUCACUUAGUUCUCCGAUUACGUGGCGGUGUUAUUGAGCCCAGUCUACGUAUUUUGGCUCAGAAAUAUAAUUGUGACAAAAUGAUUUGCAGGAAGUGCUAUGCACGUCUUCAUCCCAAGGCUACCAACUGCAGAAAACGAAAAUGUGGCCAUUGUAAUAACUUGAGACCCAAAAAGAAGCUGAAGUAAACUUCAUGUAUCAUAUUUAUGUUCAGAAAUAUGACAGUGGAUUGAAUGAUGAAUAAAUAAAAUUAUACUGUUUCUU